GGCUGAUCUGAGAGAGAAAGAAAAAAAUAAAAACCCACUACUAAAAUUAAUUAAUAUGGGUAGGCUAUUUUUCCAGCUUAGUGAUCGUGGCUGCAGCCAAUCAAUUGGUCAUGUUCUCCAAAAAGAGAACCGAGAGAGGAGAGGCCGUCCCUGUUCCCAAAUCCUAAAUGGACCGUAAACCUUGGGCUUACGUGAUCAGACUACUUUGUUUGCUUUGCUCUUAUUUUUCAAGGGUGGGGGCGAUAAAGGCUUGACCUGAUUGAAGCGUCAAUUAUUUAAUUUUAGGACUUGAUACUGAAGUGGAAACUGAUAAGUAAACAAUAAACAUUCCCGAGAGGAGAUUGCAAAGGAAAUAUGUAGGCUACAAGCAGCAUUAUUAGGACAUUUUGGCAGCCAAAAUCCUGUCUGUCUCAUAAAAAAUAUAGACUCAUGUAAUUUGCUGCAAGAAUAUUUUUUAAGAUACUAUAUAAACUAUAUAUUUAUUAUAAACUCACAAAUGACUUUACCAAAAUUUUCACGCGAUACUACACGUCCCUGUGUUCAUGUGUAGCCUGUUAGUAUUUAAUCGUGGUUUCCAGUCUCACUAAAUAAACGUCUGCCAGUACAAAAUCACUACUCUACCCCUCCCCUUUUCCCGCCAAAAAGCCUUAAGGGUUCGAAUUCUGUCCUGUUCUGAUAGGACGAAUCAAUGUAUCCAUGACAACCGUUGCUCUGGACAACACAGGAUGCUCGAGGUGCUGCCGCAACAACAGAAUGCCAUGCGCAAUGCGGCAGCGCGUAUCACUCUUUGAUACACCCCAGAAAAGACUAAUAUCUUUGUCAGAUCGUUUCUACGGAGAGCUGUGACACAAGAAGACAAGUUAAAUUAGAAUGAAUGUAACUCGAACACGACAUAGCAUCCUUAAGAUGUAGUGUUAGCAUGUAUGAACGCUCAACUUGCCAAUGUUGCAAUUUACACAUGAAGCGCUAGAUGGUAGCAUCGUAUUAUAAACAAAACCAAACUCUACAGGGAACCAGGAAAGAAAUAUUAAAAUGUAAAAUAGCUUAUGUGUUACCAGAAACAGAAGACGUCAAGCCUGAUACAAUCUGCUUUGAAACGUAACACACAGAAGCGUUAUACGUUAGCGUUCAAAGCUUCAGGAAAACCCCUAGACUUUGUUCCUGUCCAGGACAUUUGAUCGAUAAAGUUUGAAUUGGAACAGUCACCUACUGCGAAAAUGAUGGCGACCGAUCAAACUGUGCACGGAGUUCCUCCUUCGCUGUCAGCCAAAGUGGUUGGAUCAUUUGCUUAUUUGACUGUGAAAGACAGACUGCCGACCAUCCUGACUAGAGUUAUAGAUACAAUACAUCGCAACAAAAACAUGUUUUUUGAAGAAUAUGGAGAGGAGGGUAUCGAGGCAGAGAAGCACACAAUAUCCUUGCUGUCUAAGUUGAGGAAUGAGCUGCAAACUGAUAAGCCAAUUCUAGCACUGGCAGACAACCUGCGAGAUACAGAGUCCUGGAACCAGUACCUGCAGAGACAUCAGAGAAUGCAAGGGGACCAGGAGGCUGUUAGCUGGUUCAAGUCUCCAUGGCUUUAUGUGGAGUGCUACAUGUACCGCAGGAUACAGGAGGCCCUCUUCCUCAGUCCUCCCAUCAGUGAUUAUGAUGUCUUUAAUGAGGGAAAGACUCAGAGCUUUUUUGAGUCUCAGCAGGCCGUGAUGGCCUUAUGUACAUACUUGGAGGACAUCAAAAACAACAUGGAGGAACUCUCUAAGAAUCAGCUGCUUGAGCAUUUUAAUAAGCUGCUACAGGUUUCUCUAUGGGGAAACAAGUGUGAUCUGUCUAUCUCUGCUGGCCAAGACAACUCUCAGAAGACCAGUCCAGUAGAUUCCCUCAAUAGCCUACAGCCCCUCAUCUUGGUGGAUGACUCCAGCAUGGUGUGGUCAACUCUUAUUUCUGCCAAGACGCCAGGACAGCCAGAGAAGACCGCUGCUGGCAGAGUUGACAUUGUUCUAGACAAUGCUGGCUUUGAGCUAGUCACUGACUUGGUCUUUGCAGAUUUCCUGGUUUCCUCCGGCCUUGUUCGUGAGGUCCAUUUUCAUGGCAAAUGCUUCCCGUGGUUUGUCUCUGAUGUCACAGCUAACGAUUUUCAGUGGACCAUUCGGCAGACCAUGGCGACCAAUCAUAAGUGGAUGUCCAAGAGUGGUUUCCAGUGGCAAAGCUACCUGAAGAAGGGCACGUGGUCCUACCAUGACCAUCCUUUCUGGACACAGCCCCAUGAGUUCUGUGACAUGGCCGCUGAUGCUCCUGACCUAUACGCGACGCUGCAGGAGGCAAACCUGGUGCUGUUUAAAGGUGAUCUGAACUACAGAAAGCUGACAGGUGACAGGGAAUGGGAUCACACAGUGGGUUUCGAUACGGCACUAAGAGGUUUUGGGCCUGCACCACUGUGUAGCCUGAGAACUCUGAAAGCCAACAUUCAGGUUGGUCUGCAGCCAGGCCAAGGGGAGAAGCUCACCUCCCAAGAUCCAGACUGGAUGAUUAGCGGAAAGUACGCCAUCAUUCAGUUCUGCAAUCCAAAGUCAGAACAGUAAGGUGACCUCGGGAUCGUACUGUGAAGAUGUAGAUUCAUAAGAACGUUACCAUAAGAAAUAAGCAGGACUUAACUCUAAGCCAUAAGACCGUUAAAGUUACAUGAGGUUCUUAAAUGUUUUUGUUCCUCAAAUGCAAAUCGUUAAAUCACCGUUUCAUGUUUGAUACUGUAAUUCACAGUAACAGAAAUAUUUAAUAUCAGAUCAAAUAUUUUCACUACAGAUUUGUACCAUGUCACAGUUAAAACAUUAGCACUUCUAUGCCUCCACAUGAUUUAAACACACCAGUUGUUUAUGGUGACAAGUUCAGAGUCAGAGGUGAUGAAUUAAGGUUGCUUUUUAUGGGAAAUUGCUUAUGUGUUGUGCACUAUUAAUUCCUAUUAAGUCCUAAUGUUUACAGAUUAAAAAGUAUGCUGUUAUCAGUUAUUGAGUAACAGUUGGGCUUCGUCAUACAGCAGCAAUACAUUUGUUUUUGCAUGCAGUUAAGGAGAGUGAAGACAAUUGCAAUACACAGUUGUUAUUAUUUUAAUGCAGCUCAGCUCAGGUUGUUUUAUUGUUGCACUCAGUGUUAUCGUGAUAUGCAUGCCAAAAAAACUCUCAUAUGGCAGAACCCUAAAAUUCACUUGAGACAGAUCAUAAUAUCAUUUAAUUAAAUGGUUUUGCUCAGUUUGGAAGAUGGUAGACUGUUAUUGGGGCAGUGUAACAACAACAGUGACUACGUUUGCUUGUUUUGUUUAAAAUGGCAACCCAGACUUCUGUAUCUUCAUAGAUAAUAGUGGAUGUGUCUGUGCACAUGUCUGUGUUAUGUCAUCUGAAUCAUCACUGUCAUUGUCAGUAUCUCAGAGGUGAUGUUAACUGGAUUCUUCUUAGUAUUCUUACUGGAAAAUGAUAUCAUUUUCACUCAUAGUUUGAUUUAAUAAAAAAUCUGCGUUGA